AUGUCUGGCAAAACACCUCUCGAGUCCGUCCAAGCGUGCUGGGAGCGCGUAUCGGCGAACUCGCCGGUGUACAAUUUUUUCUUCACGGGCAUGAAAAUUGUCUCUGCUGAACAUGGCUCAAUGGUCGCAAGCAUCCCGGUCAAUGGCAACAUGAUAAACUCCAAGGGCGGUCUGCAUGGCUCUGUCUCUGCUACGAUCGUCGACUGGGCUGGUGGGAUGGCCAUCGCCAGUACUGGUCUGGAAAAGACCGGCCUGAGUACCGAUAUCCACGUAAGUUACGUGAGCACUGCAAAGGAAGGAGACGUCUUGACUAUCGAAGGCAAGGCCAACAAAGUCGGACGCAACAUGGGAUUUACCACUGUGACUAUUUACAAGGGAACUGGCGACCAGCAAUCUGUCGUGGCUCACGGAACACACACGAAGUACAUUCUGCGUGAUCAAGAAAGCAAGCCUCAGCCCUAA